AUGGCUCCCUUCUCUGGGGAUGGUGUAUUAUGGCUGUGUUUAGGUGUCUCAUUGUUCUUCGCUAUCCGUGGUAUUGCCACAGACCUGCGCCAGGUCGUUGAUCUGACGGAAAUCAAACACGUCGAGAAGGAAGACAAGAUCAUUAGCGAGGGAACAGAAGAAGCUCUCAACCUAGACACCCUCUUGAAGCUUUCUCAAAGCACGAGCCAUGACCUCCGAGCUGCGGCAUUGCGUAUCAUUUCAGAACGAUCUACGAAGGGGGAUACUCGUGACUUACUGUUGGGGGAACUGGCAUCCAGAAACAAAGUCUCCCAACGGCGGGCUUUGAAUGCAUUGAAUUUCUUGGUCUCCAACCGAGCACUUGCCCGAACCUCCAUCGGCACUCGACUUGCCGACCUGCCUACGUUUACUGCCAUUAUCAACUGCCUCUGUAACUUGCUAGAAGAACAUCUAGAGAAGACCUCUACGACCAACUCGCCCAUUCUGCCAAAGACACGACCAAUGGGAGAGAAGAAGGCGUUGAACAUUCUGACCGUUCUGUUGCCAGAGAACAUACCCGAUGCACUAGAAGCGGGGAUCAUCAGUCGGUGGCUUUGCAGAUAUCCUUUCCCAUGUGCAAUGGCUGAGCCUUCUCGCCGGCGCGAUGUGGUGAUCCUCAUGAAAACAUGGUGGUCAGAUGACGCAGUCAUGAGCGCAAUUUUCAGCACGCUUUCCUCGCACCCAGACGGGAUCAAGCAGCUGCGCAAAUAUGGACUGAUGGGUAGCAUGAUUGAGGAAAAUGACCACGACGACGAGGACGACGCAGACAGUGAUGUGUGGAUGGUGGAUGCGGAUGAGGCAGGUGGUUCAUUCGGACGAGCUCCUUCGCGUAGACUCCAAGAGGGAAGUGCUGAAGAGCAAGCGCUUCGCCGACGCAGGAGAGAAGCCAUGGUUCUGAGCGACGGUGGACAGCCGAUUGGAAAUGACGACAUAAUCCAACGACCUAUUGAUUGA